AUUACUAGCGCUGCCGAAUCCAGAAACCAGUCUGAGCGCGACCGGGGGAGCCCGGAGCUACCUGUCCGUCAUUUCGGAUCCAGACUGGAGGUGGGGCAGCGUUCUUUCCUGCAUUGUGGGUCCGAUGGAGGCAGCGGUACUGAACCCCGCCAUAAUGACGGAGGUGGACUGCAACAGCAACACCCUGAACGCCGAGCUGGAGGUGAAGAAGCUGCAGGAGCUGGUCCGGAAGCUGGAGCGGCAGAACGAGCAGCUGCGGACCCGGGCGAGCGGCCGCUCGGGCGGCCCGCCUGUGCCGCCUGCGUCCCCGGCGUGCGCACUCGGGAGCGCCGGCGGGUACCGCCUGCCCAGCCCGCUGCCCACCUUGCUGUGCCAGACGUCCUUGGGGUCAUUCGCGCUCCCGGAGGAGCCUUUCGACUAUCUCCGCCCGCACACCGCCGGGGAUGGCGCGGAGGAGGACGGAGCGGAGCCGUCGGUUCUGGACGAGCUGGAGCUUUUGGACCUGGAUUCUCUGUGCCGCUCGGAUGAGUCCGAUGAAACAUGGUUGUACGUGUCUUCAAAAGCCACAGAGUUUACAGGAAGCCCCCUCACACCUCUGCAGUGGUGCCGGCGGGCUCUGGACUGUCCCAGGUCAGAGGUGGAGGCCGCCAGGCUCUCGCUGUCCCUCCGACUGGAACAAGUCUCCAGGUGGCGUAGCUCCCUGUCCAGCCCCUCCCCGUCCUCCUCCUCCCCCGGCCCUCCCCUGAGUCAGCUCGCCGGACUGUCUCCCAUCGGCGUGCCGCCUUCAGCCAAGCCCUGUUCCACCCCCCAGUCGUCUGAGAGACACGCUCCGUCCCUCUCCUCCCCGCUCCACCCAGUCCUCCAUCGGACGCUGAGUCCCGUAGGGAGGGAGCUCUCCCCUGUAGCUGAGAGGACUCCCACGUUCCUCCCUCAUCCGGCCAGCCGAAGCCGCAGCCUCAGACGAUCAGCCCUCAGUCCCCAGUCAUCCAUGGACAGCGACCUCGGGGCCUCAGAGGCAGAAGAGGACUCCAUCACUCUGGGAUACAAGCUGCAAGACCUCACCGACGUCCAGGUUAUGGCCCGGCUGCAGGAGGAGAGUCUAAGGCAGGACUACGCCAGCACGUCGUCCAUCCUGGCCAACCGCCGCAGCCAGAGCUUCACCUUCCAGCUCAGCCAGCUCAGCGCCGGCCCCGACCUGGAGGAGGAAGACGAGGAGGACGACGAAGACUACGGCCUCCUGCCCCCGCCGCAGCCGCGCCUCACCCGCCUGCCGCACUCCCACACCUUCUCCAGCAUCCGAGACUGGCGAAGAAGCUCCACUUCCCUCUCCACCCCUCCUUCCACCCCUCCGUACCCUUCCGCCGGGUUCGCCUUUCAACCUCAGCCCCAAACCCAGCCACUGGGACUGGGACUGGGACUGGGACUGGGCAGCCUCUGCGCACCAGGAUCCGCCGAAUUUGAGAAUAAGCUGCGGAGGAGUAUGCCUAACCUUGUCAGAGCUCCCAGCAUGCCCAGUGUGCCCGCUCCAGCCAGUCUCAGUUCUUCCCCUUCUUUGCUUCGUAACAGCCAGAGUUUCGACUCGUCCAGCGGGCUGGCUCGCCUGCAGUCCUCCAUCCCCUCCCCGGGCCAGCUUCAAAACAGGGUCCAGAGCGUCGGAAACUUCUCCUCCUUGUCAAGGCCAACGCUGAAGGCCACAGCCUACGUCAGCCCCACCAUCAAGGGCUCGGCCUCCGCGCCGACCUCCACCGGCCUCCAGUCUCUGAACAGCGGCGGCGGGGUCGGCAGCGGAAUCCCGCUGCUCAGUAAACCGGCCGGCGGAGGGGGGGCGCCCGCCUCCGCCCCGAGCACCCCCCGCAGCGGCCUGCCUCGUCCCGCCUCCUUUGUGGGCACCGCGGGCUCCGUCCCCCGCAGCAAAGUGGCCCAACCAGCGCGAAGUUUACUGACGCCUCCAAAGAGCUUGUCCACCCUCAGUGCCCUUCGUGACGGCACCUGGAGAGACGGCUGCUACUGACGAACGGACGAGCCGGUGGCAGUGGCACCCCGCUGGCUGGGGUGACGCACUACACCUCGACAUGGUUUUUUUUUUUUUGUGCCGGACGCCGACGGGGUUUGACCAAAAAGUAACUGCUAAGACGACCUUAAAUCUGAGAUCCCGCAAAGAACAGUCAGACGUUAGAACAGCUUGAGGGUCUUCGCAAGAACUGAUCUCUGAUGCCAUCCCUUCGAUUCUAUGCAGAAUUCCUUUGGGGAAGGCGGGUUUUUUUUUUUUAAUUCUGGAUUUGACUGUAUAUGCGUGUCAGGUUUCAUUUCACUGACAGCUUCACACGCGUCGCCUGACCAGUUUGGUCCGUGCCAAGGAGGGGAGUUGUUCCCGGUUGCGCUCGUGCAAUAAAACCGCUGGCUGUGAGGUCCCAGUAAUACUAACCUGCUGAAGAGGGCUGCCAGUUUUUAUGAAAUGAGCCUCACAAUAGCGUAUUUAUU